AUGGAAUCCGACAUAAAGAUCAACAAUGCUGCAGACAUCUCUGUUAUUGUCAUCUACUUUUUGGUAGUCCUGGCAGUGGGACUAUGGGCUAUGUUCUCAACCAACCGAGGCACAGUAGGUGGAUUUUUCCUGGCUGGACGAAGCAUGGUUUGGUGGCCGAUUGGUGCUUCUCUAUUUGCCAGUAACAUUGGCAGUGGACAUUUUGUGGGAAUAGCAGGAACAGCAGCACAUGGAGGAAUUGCCAUCGGAGGAUAUGAAUGGAAUGCUCUGAUAUUUGUGGUUGUUCUAGGAUGGCUGUUUGUACCCAUCUACAUCAAAGCUGGGGUGGUGACAAUGCCAGAGUAUCUGAAGAAGCGUUUUGGUGGGAAACGGAUUCAGGUUUACCUGUCAGUCCUUUCACUGAUCCUGUAUAUUUUCACAAAGAUCUCAGCAGACAUAUUCUCUGGAGCUGUAUUUAUACACCUGGCCCUAGGGCUGAAUCUUUAUUUGGCCAUAAUUAUCCUGCUUGCUAUUACAGCUCUUUAUACCAUCACAGGUGGCCUUGCAGCUGUGAUUUACACUGACACCUUACAAACAUUUAUCAUGAUAGUGGGAUCCUUUAUUCUCAUGGGAUUUGCAUUUGCUGAAGUAGGAGGGUAUGAUGCUUUCAUGCAGAAGUACAUGGAAGCAAUUCCAUCCAAUGUCUCCUAUGGGAAUACUACAAUAGAUCCAGAAUGCUACACCCCUCGGAAGGAUUCCUUUCACAUCUUCCGAGAUGCCGUCACUGGAGAUCUGCCAUGGCCAGGGGUCAUCUUUGGUUUGAGCAUCAUUGCUCUGUGGUACUGGUGCACAGAUCAGGUUAUUGUCCAAAGAUGUCUCUCUGGCAAGAACAUGUCCCAUGUGAAGGCUGGUUGUAUCAUGUGUGGAUACCUGAAACUCUUGCCCAUGUUUAUCAUAGUGAUGCCUGGAAUGAUCAGCCGAAUUCUGUAUACAGAUGUGGUGGCUUGUGUUGUGCCUGAAAUCUGUCAGCAGUCCUGUGGCACUGCAGUUGGCUGUACAAACAUUGCUUAUCCAAAGAUGGUAGUGGAGCUUAUGCCAAACGGUCUGCGGGGUCUGAUGUUGUCAGUCAUGUUGGCCUCCCUUAUGAGCUCCCUGACUUCCAUUUUCAACAGUGCUAGUACUCUCUUCACUAUGGACAUUUACACGAAGAUUCGAACACGACCAUCUGAGAAAGAGCUUAUGUUAGCAGGAAGGUCGUUUAUGUUAGUUUUAAUUGGCAUCAGUAUCGCCUGGGUUCCUGUGGUGCAGUCGGCUCAAAGUGGGCAGCUCUUCGAUUAUAUUCAGUCAGUUACUAGCUACCUAGGACCUCCCAUUGCUGCUCUCUUCCUGCUUGCCAUCUUCUGUAAGCGGGUCAAUGAGCCGGGUGCCUUCUGGGGCCUGAUGGUUGGGCUGUUAGCUGGACUCAGUAGAAUGAUUGCAGAGUUUGCCUACGGAACUGGCAACUGUGUGACCCCUUCCAAAUGCCCGUUCAUCAUCUGUGGGAUUCACUACCUUUACUUUGCAAUCAUCCUUUUUGGGGUUUCUGCCAUCGUUAUCCUGGCAGUCUCCUUCAUGACUAAACCCAUCCCUGAUGUACACCUUCACCGCUUGUGCUGGUCUUUACGGAACAGCAAAGAAGAACGUAUCGAUCUUGAUGCAGAUGAGGAGGAGAUCAAAGCUGAUGAAAAGGAUGAGGAAUCAGUUCACGAGGAAAGGGAAGAACCGGGAUGCUUUAAGAAAGUGUACAACUGGUUCUGUGGCUUAGAUCAACAAGGACCCAAACUGAGCAAGGAGGAAGAGGAAGCGUUGAAGAAGAAACUGACUGACACAAGCGAAGUGCCACUUUGGAGAAAUGUUGUGAAUGUCAAUGGCAUCAUCCUAUUGACUGUGGCUGUAUUUUGUCAUGCCUUCUUUGCAUAA